CUUCAGUGCAGUGGUUAACCUGCUGGCGAGAGGGAGUGUGUCAGUGCCGCUAUGUCCCAGACCCUUGCUAAUAUGAUCGGUGAUAAUAAUACUCAUUUCUUCGAGGGCGUUGAGAAACUCUUGGAGGUGUGGUUCACGAGAAAGGACGGAAUGACUUCUAACUGUGACCUGAGGAAAAUACCUAGGUCUCAGCUGGAGACAGUGAUGCAAGAAGUGAAGUGUGAGAUUAUUUCUACCACUUCAACUGAUGAGCUGGACGCCUACGUGCUGAGUGAGUCCAGCAUGUUCAUCUCGGCUCGGCGCUUCAUCCUGAAGACCUGUGGCACCACCACCCCGCUGUGCUGCCUGCCGCUGCUCAUCUCCCUGGUGAAGGAGUAUUCCGGAUAUGAUAUUGUGCAGGACCUGUAUUACUCCAGGAAGAAUUUUAAGCGCCCAGAGCUCCAGGUGUCUCCUCACCGCACCUUUGAAGAAGAGGCUUCCAUGCUGGAUCAGUUCUUUGCUGGUGGUCGAGCUUACUGCAUGGGAAGUGUGAACCGUGCGGACUGCUGGUACCUCUACACAGUGUCUCCCGGGCGCCCGCGCUACCAACCCAACCUGCCACGCCACAACCUGCCCCACAGCCGAUCAGCACCAGGGAUCCCUCUUUGUCAACCAGUUGCUGCAUCAGUGCUUAACCUUUGUUAUGAAACAACUUUCAUAGCUCUGUUUACUCUAUGCCUUAUUCCUUUUGGUUCUCCUCACUACCGAAGCAUACGGGUUGGGAAGAUCCACCGUGAGCCUGACCAGACCCUGGAGGUGCUGAUGAUGGACUUGGACCCCGAAAAGAUGAAGUGGUUCUGGAAGGAUAUUUGUCCCACAGCAGCUGAGGCCACAAAGAACUCUGGCAUCGACCGCCUCAUUCCUGACAUGAUGAUCGAUGACUUCCAGUUUGACCCGUGUGGCUACUCAAUGAAUGGAUUGAUGCGCUCUGUUCCGGGAGGCUACAUGACCAUCCACAUCACGCCAGAGCCUGAGUUCUCCUACGUGUCCUUUGAGACCAACGUGCCCCACAAGUCCUACAAGGAUCUCAUCUCGCGCGUUGUGGCCACAUUCGGGCCAAAGCAAUUUGUGCUGACGUUCUUCGCCAGCGUGGAGAAUGGUGGAAGGAUUGACAUAGAGGACGGUGAGUGCAGCGUGCCACAGUACAUUGACUACGAUGUUGAUGACGUCCAGAUCUGCCGCCUUCAAGGUUAUGAUCUGACUUAUGCUCUCUACAACAGGUUCCCGAGUUAGGGAAUCGUCCCCCACCAGGAGCGGGUCGAACUCUUGACAUCAGGCUCAGAUUUGGAAUCAAAGUACUCAAGUGAAAGUCCAUUAGAAGAAAGUAAUCUUAAAGUGCAAGAGCUACCCAACAAUGUUACUCACUGUGGAAGCUUGUGGGCAACAUUACCAGUACUUGGUUCCUGUCUGUAUAGAGUGUCAAGAUGUCAUCUGCUUCAGUAUUCUCAUAUAUCUGUAUUCCUUACAUUAUUGUUACUUGGUAGUAGAGUAGAACUAGAGUAUCAUCUAUAUAAACCCCACACCUACAAGCAUGCUGCAGGUGGCCAGCAAAGACCAGUUAAGAUUGGCUUCAAAACAACUUUAACCACUCUGAACAAAGGUCUUUGUUAUAAACUUUGCAGCUCUCUCCUGCAUGCUGUUUGCAAACUGAGAUCAUCCUGCCAGCAGAGAGUGGUAUUCCUGUGGUGGCAGGAUGUGUACUCCUGAAUAGGCCCUCGGCAGCAGUCGGCAUGGUCAGUCUAAAAACAUUAUGUGGUUGGCACAGCCACUCCCUAUUGAGGGGAUGAAUCCCCCUUCAUGUAUGGUUGCUUUCCAUAAUUUCACAUCAUUUGUGGUACAAGAACAUUCAGUUUUGGAUGCAGUACCUAGAAAAUGAUGAUGGAGUCAGGUUCUCAUAAGAGAACCUGCCUAAGCUGGAAGCCACAGCUGAGCCCAGGAGAAGAGGCUGCAGGUGGAUGGAGUCAUGUGCCGGCACUUGAGCACCAGUGGGACAUUGGUACUCAGAUUAACAAUACUAAACUUUUGUCAGGAAUAUCCAUUGUUGAGUUAUUUCAAACUGCUAAUCUCGAAAUUCUAAUUUGGAACCAUUAUUGAGGUAAUACUGAUAGCCCCAAAGCUCUUUAUUAUGGUUUUUGUGCCCAAAGUUUUUUUUUAUUUAUUUGAAACAUUUAGGAUUAAAAUGCUCGAGCAAAAAUUUUGUUGAGAACUUCAACAUGUGAGAGGGCACCCUUCUUAUUUUGUUCAUUUAUGAAUCUGCUUUAGUCUGUGUGCUGUCAGUGGUUUAUUUGUAUUUUUAUCUCUGACAUCCAUUGAUUUUCUGUUUUUAAUGUUCCCUCGAGGGUUGAGAGGGACUGGGAACCCACUGUCUUGUUCUUUGGUGAUGGAUGAGGAUCUGUAUGUUUGGGGCUGAGGACAGUCUUCAUCCUUGUAAUGGAUGUCACAACAAACAACUUAAAUAUCAUGAUGCUAAUGAGAACACUUGUAACUGAUGGCAUUAAUAUCAUUUUUGCAGUGAAGUUGGAAGGCAACUAGUAGGACAAAUGAAAACAUGCAUUUCCUAUAAUGGCAAUAUAUUUUCUCUGAAAAAGAUUUUCAUUCAGGCAAAAAUUGUCUUUUGAUGCAAUAACUUUUUUUAUGGCACCAACCCACGGCCUUCAAGAAACUGAAUUGAUUGUCUGUGUUCUUUCCAUAGAUUUUAAUACUGAAGUAUGUUCCCCUUGGCCAUGGCCCCCAGUCCAUUUGUGUUCAUUGUGUGUGCAAGUGUGUGUGUGAAUUCAUAUGAGUUGAAUGUUUUAGGAUUUUCUCAAAUUUGUUUGAAUGUUGAAAGACCCCGAUGUUGGUUUGACACCAGCGAUGUCUCAGAGCCAAUCAUCAUUUGUAUGCAAGCAUCAUCAAAGUAUUGAGAGGUAUAGUUCAAUAAACUUUUCUUCCAGAGAACCUUGGUACGGACCAGUUUAAACAUUAAAACAAGCUUCCCUGCUUAAGAGCCUGUCAUUGGACUCAUUGACAUACACAUUGUCCCCACAGUUGGUUCCAAAUCAGCAAGGUCCUGGUAUUAACAGCUCAAGUUUAAGUCCUCAAAGUUGAUACUCUCUAGUUCCCUUUUUUUUUUGUGAUAAGAUAACCCAUUCAUUAUCACUGUGCCUUUCAUCCCUCUUAUCCAAAUAAUUUAUCCCAUGAGUAUCCCCACCAGCAGCUAAACCACUGCUGUCUGCUUCCAUGAAACUAAUUUGAAAAUUGUUCAUGCAUAUUUUGCCUUGUCACAUCUAGUAGUGACCUUUCUUGGUAUGAUGCACUCAGUUUGUGGUGAGUGGUUUAGCAAGUCUGUAGUAGGGGAGCUCACAACCCAGAAACAGGCAGGGUCGUUUACAGAGUCUUGUGUUCAUUAAUGAACCUUUGAGAUAAAGACAAUUUCAGGCCAGUGAUUUUCAGAGAUAGAAUCAUUAUAAUUAUUUUGGUAAUACAAAUUAAUUUGUCCUCGGUUGAUUAUGUGGCAUGUACAGACUUUGGAACAUUUAGAUGAUUAUCACUUGCCUUGGAGAGGAAGGAGAGUGAUAAUGUUUUCAACAUUGUCUGUCUUUUAGUUUAUCUUUUGCCAAAUUAUUUAAAAAAAAUGGAUUGUCAUGUAGCCACUUCGGGGUAGAUUCAGUAAGACUGAAAGAUUGACUGAAUGAUGGUGAAUUAAUGAUAAAACUGACUGAAUGAUGAAGGAUACACAAAUGAUGCUAAUACUCAAUAAUACUUUGGGCAGCCAUUUGAAAAAAUAUGCCAGUGAAUUGAAGGCAGACCAUAAGUUCAUUAACUGAAUCUGACCCUUUUAUUUGGCUACUACCAUCCUCUAGUUGUGGGAGCAGAGCUAUAGCAGGCUUUUGUCCUCUCCUUGAGCUGUCUCGUUCACUGAAAAAAAAAAAAAAAAAAAAUUCAAUGCUACAUCCAGGCCAAACACAUCUG